AUGUCCUUCGAUUCAACGAAGCUCUUCCGGACCUACCAAAGCCACCAGGACAUCAAGCAGUACCUGGAUGAACUGGUCCAGCGGUACUCAAGUAAAAUCGAGAUCUUCUCGCGUGCAGAAUCGUACGAGGGACGCGAAAUUCUAACCGUGCGCAUCUGUACGGAUGUACACCAGAAACGCUCUCUUGCCAAUCGGUGGUGUAUCCUGAUCGAUGCCGGGAUACACGCACGCGAGUGGAUCACAGUUUCGGUGGCGCUGUUUAUCGUGCAACAGCUGCUCGAAAAGGACGAAAUAAGUGCGAAGAGCUUCAGGAGUUUUGAGUGGAUCAUACUGCCGUUGUUGAACCCGGACGGGUACGAGUACAGCCGAGAGCACAACAAAAUGUGGCGCAAAACACGACGCCCGUUAGGUCUGCGAAGUCAACGAAGCUGCGUCGGUGUGGAUUGCAAUCGGAACUUCAACGUUGCCUGGACCAUCGGAAGCACGCGGUUCUGCUCGUUGCUGUACCGUGGCGAGCGACCUUUUUCCGAGCGGGAAACUAAAAAUGUGCGCGAUCUCUUCCGCCAGCUGCGACCGACGUGUAAGCUUUACCUCUCGCUGCACUCUUACGCCAAGGCCAUUCUUUAUCCAAGAGCUUACACCAGAACGCUUCCCCGGAACUGGCAGAUGCAGCACACGAUCGCGGAAGCCGGCGUGGAAGCGAUGAAAAAGGCAACCGGUGUCCGUUACCGGUGCGGUAGCGCAUCGAACGUGUUAAACCAUCCGGUCGGUGGUUCCAGUAUCGACUACGCGCACGAUAUCGAGAAAGUUCCGGUUGCGCUCGUGAUGGAGAUCGCCUCGAAGGGAUUCCAUCCGCCGGAAGUGAACAUACAGCGAAUCUGCGAGGAAAGCUGGAUCGGUAUCGGGGCGAUGGUGAAUUGUCUUGCCGGGAGCUUCCGCUCCGUGCUCAAGGGCAGCGGUACAUUACAUCUACGAUAA